AUGUUGCAGGAUUGCUCAAUGAACUAUGUGUGGCUGCGACCUCUGGUUGAACAGUUUCCCAAGUGUGCGCCAAGCCAAUUCUUCAUUGUGGAUUGCCUCCUCGUGGUGGAUGAAUUGCUCAAUGACAACCUCUUGAUGCGCGCUCCUGAGAACGGGCGCAUUGUGCCUACUAGUCGGGCAGAGAAGGUUGAUUUGGCAACUGCUGAAGCUGUCCGCAUCCGGAAGUGCUACAGCACCUUGCGAUACCUCUACCGCAAUGGCGCCACGGCUGGUGAGUCACGAGUGGCUCGCAAGCAGCGGCGGCAAGAACGAGAACGAGAGCAAGAAUCCCAAGUGGAAGAGGAUCAAGCUGGGGCAAACUCGCCUACUUCUUCUGGCGCAGACCAUGACCUUGCUGCUCCUGAUGAGUUUGAGCGCCCAGCCUCACCUGCUCGCGAUGAGUGUGGUGGCGAUGAUGAGGCAGCGUCCGACCCUUCCAGCUCGGAUUGUGAACCUUGCGAGAAGCCCUGCAAGAAUCAGAAAGGGCCAGUUGGCAGUGAUGCUGCAGGCGAUUCUGAUUCUGAUGAUGUCAGUUCAGAAGCUACUUUGGGCUUGGAUCUACGACCGCUGCGGAGCGCCCUAACUCGCAAGCGCAGCUGUGAGGAUGUUGUGGCCGAGUCGCAAAUGUCAGACUCUGACUCUGAGAAGGCCAAGGCCUCUGCUUCCAAGAAGAAAGCGAAGGAGGCGAACAAGUCGAAGAAGGCUUCCUUCAAGCGCGGUGUCAAGAAGACGGUUGCAAAGCAACGCGAAGGUUCGAGCUUGCGCGUGGAGAAGGUGCCAAAAGUCAUGCGUGUUGACUCCUACGGGGCUUACAGCCUUGCCGAAAUCCCAGCAGAGGCAAGGCCAGAUCUGACCAAGAAGAACCGGGGUGAACAUAGCUACACGGUCACUACAAGUGUGACCACUCCUGCCGGAGAGGAGGAGGAAGUGGUAGUGGAUGCGUUGCUCCGCAACCGCGCGUACUACAUCAAGUGCCGUGGCUGUGAAGGGGCGAUUGGACCGCUGAGCGCGCGCAUGCCUAGGUCUUGGCUCAACCAUCAUAGCUGGCUGGCUCCCGUUUGCGAGGAUAUCAUGGGGAAGGGCAAUGCGCUCAUUCGUGCCCGGAAAGGUAUUGCGCAACUCCCGGAUAUGGAGAAACACUUAAAUGCGGGCAAUACGUUUCGAGAUAAGCAGAAGCGGAGCAUACUUGCCGGACUGCGGGUUCUCAAGGUGAUUGGGGUGUUGGUUUCGCUACUGUUUGCGCAGAAGAAUUUGCCCUUCACCCCGCUGGACCAUUUCGAGGCAUUUGCAGGGACCCGAAGCGAGGCCCGACAUGCGGUGGCCCUUGAUAUCAAGUACGAUUCGGAGGGCAUGAACAUCCUGACCACCGAGGGCUUCAUCCAGCAUCUGUAG